AUGGGACUUUCUUCAAAUCCUAGCAAUUUUCCAAAAGAUCAAAAAGAACGCAAAUUCACUACUUAUAUCUUUUUAGAGGAACAAAGAAACGGAGAAAAAGUUAAAAGAGAUUGGCUCGUUUGGAGUAAGGCUGUGGCAUCACUCUUUUGUUUCCCUUGCUUCCUUUUUGGAUUGCCUAACUUAACCAGACCCGGUGUUCAAUCCAGUUUGUUGUCUUGGAAUGGAGGUAUACAUGGAAAUUGGAGAAAACUUUCAGAUCGCGUUAAAAGUCAUCAACAAAGCGAUUUUCACCGUAACUGUUAUCUCCAAUGGAAAACAGCUACUAUUCACUUAAAAAGUCAAAAGUCCAUUGAGCAUCAGUUAGAAAAACAAAUUGGAGAUAAAACAAAGCGAUGGAAAGUAAUUUUACAAUGUAUUCUUGACGUCACAAUUUUUCUAGCUUCAAGAAACUUAGCUUUUACGGGAUCCAAUCAAAAGUUGUUCAAAAGUGGGAAUGGAAACUUCCUUGGAGCGCUCGAAUUAAUUGCUCGCCACAACAAAACAUUACAAGAUCAUAUGCAUGUUAUUGCUAAGCACCAAGAAGAAGAAAAACGCACGCAAGCUCAUUACUUAUCUUGGAAAUCACAAAAUGAAUUUAUCAAGGAAUGCGGCAAAUUAGUGGUUCGAGAAGUCAAAGAAAGAUUUCUUAAGCUAGAAGAACUUGAAAUGAAGAAGGGAUCUGAUAUAACAAAGUUGAUACUGAAUGUGUUGGAAGAGAAUGAGCUCGACAUAAAAAAUUAUCGUGGUCAAGGCUACGACAACGGCGCUAAUAUGGCAGGUAUUUACAAUGGAGUUCAAGCUUUGAUAAGACAGAAUAAUCCACAAGCAAUUUUCAUUCUUUGCUCUACUCACAGUUUGAACUUAUGUGCAGUACACGCUAUUGAAUCAUCGACUCCUGCAAAAUCCUAUUUUAGAAAUAUUAAAAAGCUAUACAAUCUGUUCAGCAGCAGCCCAGUUCGUUGGAAAAUUCUUCAGGAGGAGACAGGCCAAUCACUACAUAAACUUUCUGUUACGGACUUCCAGGCGAAAUUUAAAUGUUUGAUGGCAGUUAACAACGUGUGUCUUCUGCUUCAAUCCACUCAACUCACUCUCGAUGAUGAAGCAAAGAUUCUAAAUGGCCUUUUGAUGGAUCUGAAUCGAAUCCGUCUGUCUUGGGACCUGAUUUUGAUAGAGGCAACAGAAGUUGCAAAGAACUUGAAAUUUGAUAAAAUAAUGUUUACUGUGAAGAGAACGCGAAAAAAUAUCAUCUCAGAUGAAACUGCUGGUUACAAGCACGAAUAA